AUGAUUGAGACUUCUGGCAAAGCCAUGAACGAAUAUCCUGGACUAGGACUACCCCUUCGCCAUUGGGAACAGACCGACUACGACUUCUAUCCGAUCGGGUCCCACCCCAAUGCCCAUGGCAGCGAGUCAGAUAUCAUCCCUGUGCGAGAGCUUGCCGUGAUGGAUGUCUUGGAAAAGCUCACUGACAAGCCCGACUGGCAUAAGAAGAUCUUUGAUGAAGAAAUCGUUGCCAGGUGGCGUAAAGAGGCCCUCGCCAUUCCUGAUGGACAUUUUUGGCACCUUGCUACCGCUGGGAUGAGACAGUAUUGGACCGACGACGAGGACCGGCUCGAGCUUCACAACGGCCGGGGUUCUUGUCCACUUGAGAACAUCUUGGACGAAGCUACAUUCGACACGUGUGUUCAAGAGCUUCGUAGCAAAGCCAAGUAUUUCGAAGAAUCGGGCAUCAUACCUUCUCUCGACGCAUGUGCUUCCGUAGCCAAGUCUGAUACGCUCGUUACUAGCGAGCUACACACCAAUCUUCGCAAGGCUUUUGACAAGCUUCAGUCGGACCACGCUGCAUCUCCUGAUUGGCACCCCAACUCGAACAAUAUGGUGCAGGAUCUGGAGCAGGUCGGUGUGGCGGACGCCGUGGAGCGCUGGUCCGGUAAAGGCGAGGUCAUCCCCCAGCAGGGGCUCGAAGAGACUACAGCGCAGAACCGGCACUAUUACGGCCUUGGAGGCAGUGACAUCCCACCGGAAUACUGGUUUAAUCAGUACCAAUGGCUGCCAGCCAACUUGGCCUUCCAAGAGGAUGGGUCUGUAAAAUUUACGAGCUACAUCAACAAUCUUCACCCUACAAGAUAUCCCGACAUAUACCGCACUAUCGAAAAACUAGUCGAGACAUCCAUACCCAUGUGGGAUCAGUGUUUGAGGUUUGCAGUCGGCUACUAUGAGUACGAAGGGGCCGGCCGUAUGGAGACUCGCAGCGGUAAACCUGGGAAUGCUGAUGACGAGAACGAAGAGAAUUGGACGCCCAAUAAGGAAGAGUGUGCUGAUGUAGAAGCCAGCGAAGAAGACCUGGAGGAAGAAGGGUACUACGAUGACUACGACAACGAUGAGGAUCGCCAAGAAAGGUUGCUGGAGGCCAAGUGGAGGAUCGUUCGCAAACCUCGCAUGAUGCCAAUUCGCGCUGAUGACGUAUCCUACGCGCCGCAACCAGGCAAGCGUCUUGCUGAUAAGUUCCGCGAUUCGGGACUUCAGAUCAUUGUCAAGAUGGCCUCGAUUGAACUUACGCCCGAGAAGCCGGACUUCCCUCUGGGCGGGUGGCACAUUGAGGGACAAAUGAACGAAAGCAUCUGCGCAACUGCCCUGUAUUACCUGGACAGCGAGAACAUCACUGACAACAGCCUCUCGUUUCGUAUGCAGACGUCCGCUUACCUGCAGGAUGACGAACCCUACAAUGUUGGACAAUGCGCCUAUAACUGGAUGGAGCAAAACUACGGAAGCGUACAAACACGCGAAGGCCGGCUCCUUGCCUUCCCCAAUAUCUUUCAACAUCGUGUUUCUCCCUUUAGUCUUAUCGACCCUACAAAGCCCGGGCAUCGUCGCUUCAUUGCACUUUGGCUUGUCGAUCCUACAAAACGCAUCAUCUCCACGGCGAAUGUUCCGCCUCAACAGAUGGACUGGUACGUCGACGCGCUCCUUGGAUCAAACACCAAGUCGCGUCAAGAAGCGCUGUCGAAACUUCCUCCCGACCUUAUCAAUAUGCUAGCCGAGAAGGGACUUGCAAAUCUUUCUGCCACUUCUGAAGGUCGACUGCCCGAAGAGCUCAUGGACUACGUGCGCGAGUAUUUCGAUGAAGCCAAAUAUUCCCUUCCUAUGGGUUUCCAAGAGGCAAGCGAGCACCGCAAAAAGCUUAUGCAGGAAAGGGGCGCAUUUGUUCGGACAGCAGAGGAAGAAUUGCAGGGGGCGACUUACAGCUUCUGUGAGCAUUAA